AUGAAGACCAAUCCUAGUACCAUUCCUUCGAACGCCUACACUGGCACCAUUGACGGGGUCGGCGUGAGUUGGGGAGAGAAUGCCGCGAACAAUCUCCUGUCAAAUGCCAACAACUAUAACGUUGAUCGAGACCUACUUAAGGGUAUAACUGAAACUGUGGCGGCAGGAUGUGCCAAUAGAAUUGGCAAAAAGUCUGUCAAGAUCCUUGGCUCAUUCCAUGAUACGACAACGAGCCGAGCCACUGGCACUAUAAGGCAAGACCUUUGCCACUGCUCGAUCGCGCUCUACCCCGGGGGGACAAAGGCGCAUAUCUACGUGACUAGCCUUAAGGUAGUCCCAAUCGAAGAGAUGAUAGUCGUUGGAGAAAGCGUGGUGCAGAAAGGCAAAAAAGUGCGAGACCCAGUCUUAUCCACUGGCUCCUUGCCUCCCAUCCUAAACGAAGAAUAA